AUGGAGCAAAAAUGGGAAAAAUAUAUGACAAAAAUGGACAUGUUAGGUGAAAUUAAAGAUGUGAUGUCAAAUAACAAAUAUGCUUCCUACAAUCCUGCAAUUGAAAAAAUAUUGCUUGCUCGGUGGGAGAAGAUGACGAUUCCAUUACAUUGUUUGGGAUUUGCUUUAUGUCCACGAUUCUAUGAUAUAGGUUAUCUUUCAAUUUCAACACCUGGUCGAAUAGCUAGAAAAUCACCCAACUUAGAUAAAGAAGUGGCAUUUGUCAAAAUGCAUCAAAAAAAAAUUGUGGACACAAUUUCACGUGGGUUGUAUUUGGAACUACAAGUAAAGGAACUACAAGUAAGGAGAGUUGAAGAAUUAAGGCACAUAAUAAAGGACAGGUUACAACAUAGAAAUGUGUUGAUUGUUCUUGAGGAUGUUGACAACCUUGAGCACCUAGAAGAGUUAGUUGGAUCACGUGAUUGGUUUGGGGAAGAAAGUCGAAUAAUAAGAACAACUAGAGAUGAACAUAUAUUAACCGGUCACAAAGUAGACGUGAUACAUAAUAUUAGUUUGUUAAACAAUGAUGAGUCUAUGAAGCUCUUUUGCAAGCAUGCACCUUUUGGUCACAAACCUAUAGAAGAUUAUGAGCUUCUUUCACAAGACGUGGUUGCUUAUGAUGGUGGGCUCCUAUUAGCACUUAGACAUCCGGGUCGUUUUUUAUGUGACAAAGAUAUGAAUGAGUGGAGGAGUGUCUUGGCUAGAUUGAAUGAGAUAUUGUGA